GUUAGACUAAGUCGACUGCGCAAUUGAAUAAGUAGCAACUGUUCUUCAGUUGUCUGCCAUAAAAAGGUUUGAAACCUUGAAAUUACUAUUAAAUAUAAAACAUUACGUGAAUUUCAUCUGUUGGAUGAUAAAUCCAACAUCUGUCAAACAGGGAUGUUAUCAAAAAGGCAUACUUUUUUAAUCAUCAAAAAAUAUUUUACGAUUAUCCAUUGUCCUUUAUUAAUCUAUCGUGAAAUAGGAACGCACGUAUUGUUUCUAUUUCACGUUAAAUUAAUAAUAGAUUAGUUAAAGAAGAAAUGAAAUACGAAGUAUUUACUAAAUCCAUGAAGAAAACUAAUUAUUAUAAUGCCAAUAAAUAAACCCACGCACGAUACCCACGCUCUCUCACCAUGAAAGGUGCCUUAAAUAAAUAAAAAAUAAAACAUUGUAUUGUAAAGAACGGAUGUUACAUCUCAUAUUGUUUAUGAUCUCUUUAUUUUUCUCCAAAGGAAGUUUUCCGAUACUCCAGUAUAAAUAAUUUACAAACAAAGAAAUAAUCUCUGUUCUACAGUCUGCAAUCUUAGUCAUUGAACUGUGUGAUGCGGAAUACAACGCAAGCGAUAUUAUUUGGAAAAAGAAUAGGAUGAAUUAAUAUUUAAUAAAAAAAAAAUGUUUGUAGUUUUUAGCGUGAUUAUAUUGCUGAUAAAGCUGGAAGUGACGUCUAUAUUGGGAGUGCAGUUGGAAACGAUCGACUGCGGCGUGGACCAUCAGACCUCGAUACUCAUAGGGAACGUGUCCAUCGCUGACUAUCCGUGGCUCGGCAUACUGUAUUAUAUUAAUUAUGGCGAGGCAGGCGAACAGCGAGCCGUGACCACGGUCGCCCUAAUUCACACUCUGUUUGUGAUCGCACCCGCCGCCGACAUUGGACCAAUGCCUAAAAACGACUUCAGACGAAACAGUCGUGUGCUACUGGGCCAGUCUUGGAAAGGCGACGAGCGUGGGGUUGCCAGUUACGUGCUCCACCCGGAAUACGAGGAAAAGGGAAUAUAUAACACUGUGGCCUUAGUGCAGCUUAAAGACCCUGUGCUACUGACAAAACACAUCAAAAUCAGACCGCUGUGCCCCCCUCCAGAGUUUAUAAGGGAUCCUGACUUUUACGUAGUGAAAUUUACAGAUGAUUUCAACGACCUGCAAAAGGUGGUGAUUCCUGUAAUUCACAUACCUGGCGAUCUAUGCAAGGAAUUUUAUAUCGCUGCCAAUUUGUACGCCAGGAACAUGCGGCCGCCGCACGUGGCGUGUGUGAUAUCAGCUGAAGAGGGCAAGACGUGCGUUUGGAACGCGGGCUCGGCGCUCGUCUCCAGGGACGCCUGGGGACGCUGGAUGCUGCUGGGGCUGGGGGUGCGUGGGCCAGGCUGCAGCGCGCCGUCGCGCUACCUCGACAUGAUGAGCUACUAUCCUUGGAUAGAAGACAGUCUCAACAAAUUCUCAAGGAUUACUAUCUCGCAGAUAAGCAAGCAGAAAUAUGUGCUACGGGCCAGCGAAGAUAGCAAUAGGUCGUUCCAACGGUUUGGUGCGUGUGACCCGGAGGAAAAGACUAAUCUCAUCUAUCGGGAGCUCAUUCGACUGAAAACCGACAACAAUCUGUACCAGUUUUUGACGUAUAAUCUAACUAUAGUGGACAGCGUGGAGUACACUUGCCUAACGUUGGAAAUGGUCAACGCAUCAGCUGUCUCCGAAAUGAGAAUUAAACAUUUCUGUCCCAGAGAAGCGUACGGCCCACCCUGCCAUUAUUUCAGAGGGUCGACAUUCGACGUGUCAGUUUUCAUGAUGUUCUCGGACAAAUUUCGUUUCGAGAUGUACGCGUGGGGCCACAGGAAGCAGACGGUGCUACUGGACAUACACGAGCACAAAUUGGAGGAGGGCACUUACUAUGAUGAUUUCAGCCCCACCAGAGUGGAGUACAAAGGCACGGUGGAACAGACAGAGUUUGGCUUCGAGCCGCUGGACGAGGCGAUGUGGAAGCCGCAGUUCGACCUGUGGGUCACCACCGUGUACGACCCCAGCGCCCCCAAGACUACCACCAAGCGCGUGCCCUCGCUCAACUACCAUAGCGAGGAAGAGCCCAGUAUGGAAGAUACUGAUCCAGAUGAUGUAGAAGCUGGUGGAGCUGCAGCGGGAGCUGCAGGAGGAGCUGCAGGAGCUGCUGGCGCAGCCGGAGGGAUUAUGUCGGGAGGCACCACAAUGCCAAUGGAACCAACGACUGAGGAGGGAGACUUCGUGUUCGGUAUGGAGAGCAAAGUCACGAUUCAACUACCAAACGACACUGAAGCUCUGUGGGUUUUCCCCUAACCUUAAAUCGUAAAGUUAAAAGUACCAUUAGUUCUACCGUAGUACUAUUCAAUAGAACAGAUGGGAACAAUUGACCCCGUCAAAUCUUCCAGUCCGUGAACAGAGAUGUGAUUUAUAUAGAAAUUUGACAACGUUACACACGUCCGCUUGUAAAUUAUUAUUCUCAAUAUCUCGGGUCCUAACCAACGUAUCGCGAUGAAACCUAUACUAGAUUUUAAGUCAGACUUCGUUAAUUGUGUGAAAUCUUUUUAACUUGUGACUUGCAUUAUAGAAAACUGAUCUGUCUGUUUCUAAGGCGUCUUAUUAUAAACCACGCAACGGAUUUUGAUAUGUUUUCACUGUUAUUUAGACAAUCUAUUGCCGAGGGUUUGUACAUACAUAAAUGACAACGCGUGAAGCCGGGCCGGGGUGUGGUUAUUAAAAAAAUAUAUAUUUCUCCUAAGAAACACCGUUUUGGAUAUACCUAUCACGAUUUAAAAAGUUGAAAAACAGUUUUUUUUUUAUUAUGUAUUUAUUUAUAAUAUCUAUAUUUAAC